UAUAUUACCACCACCAUUUUUGACUAGGAAAAGUAAGCAUUUCUUUUAAGACCUACAGAUUAUUAGUAAGGAAUCUAGACUUUUGCCGCCAUGUCUAUGUCAAAAACCACGAACACCUACAAUCGGCAGAACUGGGAGGACGCCGAGUUUCCGAUACUGUGCCAGACUUGCCUGGGCGACAAUCCGUACGUGCGUAUGAUAAAGGAGCGAUUCGGCAAAGAAUGCAAGAUCUGCACGCGCCCGUUCACCAUAUUUCGAUGGUGUCCUGGUGCCCGGAUGCGCUUCAAAAAGACUGAAAUAUGUCAAACAUGUGCCCGUCUGAAAAACGUGUGCCAGACCUGCCUUUUGGACCUAGAGUACGGUCUACCCAUCCAGGUGCGAGACGCCGCUCUGAAAGUGGCGGACAACAUGCCACAAAGCGACGUCAACAAGGAGUACUACAUUCAAAACAUAGAUGCUCAGCUGCAGGACGGUGAUGGCACCGAGGCGGCCGGUGCUGUCGGCCGAUCUCUCGCUGCCAACGAGAUGCUGUCAAAGCUGGCACGCACGGCUCCUUACUACAAGCGAAACAGGCCUCACAUCUGCUCCUUCUGGGUGAAAGGCGAGUGCAAGCGGGGCGAGGAGUGCCCGUACCGCCACGAUAAACCCAAUGAGCCGGAUGACCCGCUGUGCGAGCAGAACAUCAAGGACAGAUACUACGGGCGCAACGACCCAGUGGCUGAGAAGAUCAUGAAACGUGCAGCCUCGCUGCCAACUCUGGAGCCACCGGAGGACCGCAACAUUACCACUCUAUACGUUGGAAAUCUUCCGGAGGAGAUCACAGAGCCAGAGCUGAGAGAUCAGUUCUACCAGUUCGGAGAGAUCCGGUCAAUUGCACUUGUGCCACGCCAGCAAUGCGCUUUUGUGCAAUACACCAAAAGAAGCGCGGCCGAAUUGGCCGCCGAGCGAACCUUUAACAAGCUGGUAAUCCAAGGCCGGAAGGUGAGCAUAAAAUGGGCACACUCUCAGGCGAAACAGGGCACCGCCGCGAAGACAGACAGACGCUUUGACGUGACCGGCAUUCCGCCUCCCAGCGCAAAGCCAAACGAUUAUUUCAAUCUACGACAAGAGCAGAUCAACGUCAUGCCCGCCGGCAUGAAGCUGCACCAGCUACCAUCGAACCUGGUCCCGGCAUCGGCCUACCAGAUGUACGGCCAGCCGACCUAUGCUGCGCCCUACGGCAACGCCACUUCCACUUCUGCAUCUGCUUCGGGUGUGAGCCUAGACUCCAUUUCGAUUCCGCCGCCUCCUGGACAAGUUCCGUAUCCUAGCCAGGACGCCAGCAGGAUGGGCGCUGUAAAAAAAUAAAACCAGAAAAAAAAAACUUAAAAAAGAACACAUUUUUAUAGCAAUAAAAAAGUCAAUAAUAUUUUUUUCAAUUUGUGCACGACCCAAAUUUUUGUCUAAUUUUUUUGGGGCUGGCCAAGUUUUGUAUCGUAGUCAGUAUGCUAGCAGGAUGAAAAAUAGAUAAGUUAAGAUCUACCCUUGUCCCGUAAACAAUUUUUUUACAGCAUUAAAUACACGAAUCUACAAUAAAGUAAAAAUAGUUACGCGGUCCAA